UUCAACUCUCAAGUUGAAAUCUCUCCCUCUCUUCACUAAAGUCUUAAAGGUCAAAAGCUGUAAAGCAUAAAACACUAGUCCUGUAACUACUGUUUGGAGACUUUUAGAAGAGGAAGAGUAAAGCAAAGCAAAGCAAAGGCUGAACCCAAAUUUAUUCUUAUCCCAUGCUUCGUCUCUGUAGUAAUGGCUUUUGCCGUUCUCGAUUCACACCACCUCAUUACUUUGAAUAUUAUUAUUAACCUUUUCUUCACUCUUCUUCUUUCCCUAUUCUUCCUCACCAUUGUAGAAUCUGAUAUACACAGAACCCUCAAAUGGGUUAUUGUAGCUUCUCUUGUAAUGCAGAGUCCGCCAUUGCCGUCUGCGAUUCCUACAACUUUGACCGGAAAAAGAAGAAGCAGCAGCAGAAAUGCCGGCGGCAAAGAGGUAAUAAUGUUCGGAAAUUCUCUUAUAUUGAACUAGAGUCCGCCACCGGAGGCUUUUCCCCAGCGAGUUUUCUGGGUAAAGGAAGUCAUGGCAUCGUUUACAGAGCCCCCAUCGAUGGCGGAAACCUCAUCGCCGCGGUCAAAAAGACAACAACCGCGGCAGACAACAACCCAGCAGACAACGAGAUCGAAAUCCUCUCUCGAAUCAAAAGCCACCGUCUUGUGAACCUUUUGGGUUACUCUCUCGAUCCCAAAGAGAAGAAGCUACUGGUGGUAGAGUUCAUGCCCAACGGUUCUCUCUACGAUCUUCUUCAUUCCAACCCUCGACCGCCCGGUUGGUCGAAGCGAGUCCGGUUCGCUUUACAGACCGCCAAAGCGGUCGAGACUCUUCACUCCUCGAACCCACCGGUUAUCCACAGAGACAUAAAGUCCUCUAACGUUCUUCUCGACGGUAAGUGGAACGCUAGGUUGGGAGAUUUCGGGCUCGCCCUAAGGGGACACGUGGAGGAUGUGAGGAUAAAGUGUACGCCCCCGGCGGGCACGUUAGGGUAUCUUGAUCCAGGCUAUAUUGCGCCGGAGAAUCUUAGUACCAAGAGCGAUGUGUUCAGUUUUGGGAUUCUGUUGUUGGAGAUCAUCAGUGGCCGGAACGCCAUUGAUAUGAAAUAUAGUCCGCCGUCAGUGGUGGAUUGGGCUUUGCCGGUUAUCCAAAAAGGUAAUUUCACUUCGCUUUGUGAUCCUCGGAUCGGGCCACCCGAAGACCCGGCAGUGGUCCAGAAACUGGCUGUGUUAGCCGCCCGGUGUGUGGCGGCGAAUGCAGAGAAGAGGCCAGCCAUGGCGGAGGUGGUGGGUUGCCUUAAUACUGCUAGCAAGCGAGUGAACUCGCCGGUUUGUGGGAAUAUUAGAUGGCGGGUUACGAAAUCGUCGCCGGCGUUGGGUGCCCAAGUCUUUGAUGACCCGGAGGUUGAGGUUGAGGUUGAUGUUGUGAAGAGCCCUAGACAUGGUAGUCGAAAUUCUUCAAUGAGGAGCAGAAGAGCGUCUAGUGUUCAACCCAUUGUAGAUUUUGGGAUUGAAUUGAAUGGUUCUUUGAGAAAGCGUGGUGGAAGGUCCAAAUCGAUUGGUUCUGUUACUGAUUUGAAAAUGGAGUCUGAUGGUGAGUUCGCUGCGAACCAGAUUGCGUUGGUGAGGAGGAGAUCAGGAGUGUUUGUUAAAAUGCCUUCUGUGAAAUUGAACAAAUCUAAGUCUAUGGGGGUAAUGCAAGCCAGAAGCUUGGAGCACAAUGGUGAUGGUGGGUUAGUGUUUCAGCUGGUUAUGAAUCCUUGUCAUUUUGGUGGGUCUGAUGAAUCGAGACCUUUGAUGAGCGUGGAUGAAGUUCCAUACAAGAAGGUGAUAGAGAAGAAGCAAACUCCUCAUCUUGGUGGGUUUGAUGAUUCAAGACCUCAUCUUGUUGGGUUUGAUGAUUCAAGACCUUUGAUCAGUGUGGAUAAAAUUAAACAGAAGAAGCUAUUAGAGAGGAAGUGAUCUGUGUAGAAUGAAUUUGGUGAUUCAGUUUCUUCACGUGAAGUUAUGUGUAGUGUAACCAUUAUCCUUUCUCUGUGGAUUCAUUCCCAAAUUAGUGACCUUUUCAUCUGUGUUUGUUAUAGCUAGUCAUUGAAGCAAUGUUUAUUCAUUUAACUAGAUCUCUGUUUAGAUUUUCCCCUGGCAAGCAGUAAUUGGUGGUGGAAGAGUAUUCAUAUUACA